UUCUUUGAAUCGAAGAACUUGCAGUUAUCUCGUGAGCAAACGUGCGAGCGGCGCUGUGUUGAUUACGAAGAAAACAAAUAUUGAAAAUUUUUAUAUUCAAAAACGUAAAAAUCAGCUCACGGUCAACGUCAACGCAGUUUUAAUCGGAAUAAUCGCCCGUAAGUGCCCAGCACUACAUGUGUCGUGGUCAUUCGCUCUCCUUCGGUCAAUGCCAAACGCACUACAAAAUUAUUAAUUUCUUUAAAAAAAAAGUGAACAAUAGUGCAAUGGCUUCUCGACAUUAACGCUCUCUGCACAAAUAAACAAACAUGCGUAUAUACCCAUAUAGUGAUCGAAGUUGGAAAUUACGUUGUCCUGCAAUGUGUGCUAUAUGCAAAUAUUUUUAAUGGACUUGGAAUAUUGGUUUGCAAAGUGUUUUUUUCUUUUAAUCUGAAUUUUUGCUCAUCUUAAUGGUUCACGUAACUUGUUUUCACGAAUUGAAUGAAGUGGUUCAGUGAUCAUUUCUAUAUAUAAUAUAAUCAGUUUAUAUAUAUAGCUAUAUAAAUGUAUUUAUAUAGCUAUGUAAGUACAUAUAUAUUAUUUCUUAUUUAUAUGCAUGUGUGCGAGCACUAGAGAAACAAACAUUUUUUCGCGGCUUCCGACGUUAAUAAAAAUGAGUUUUCUCUCGCUCCCUCGAACGAUUUAUGGUGAAAAUGCGAAAAAUUCAAAUUCAUAUUAUUCAAGCCCGAAUAGUCGCCGUACUCAUGGAGACAACAAAAAGAGUGCUUCCACGCUAUCAUUGCAAGCGCCGUCCAGAAGAAGGAUUUUAAACCGUAACGGUAGUAUAUCAACCAAUCACUUUCGGGGCGUGCACAAGCACUUAAUAGAGAAGCAUGCGGAAACUGUUUGCCAUUCAAUGACUAUCGAAGAUCUUUAUGAAGAGAUACUCUACGAAAUUGCGAAUAACAUAGGUUGCGAAUCAAGCGAUGUUUGCCGAGAGUCACUUAUUGAAUUUGCUCAGGAGGCAUUUAAAAUAUCGAAUGAACGGCAUGAGGAUAUUCUGAAAAUGGCUGAGCAAAAGGAACCACCAAAUGUACGAUUAAAUGUUGAAAUAAUUAAAGCUGAAAAUUUAAUGCCAAAGGACAGUAACGGAUUUUCCGAUCCAUUUGUCACACUCUACUUGGAAUCGAAUGGUUCGCAUCGCUAUAAUUCGUCAGUAAAAACUGAAACAUUGAACCCCGUUUGGGAAGAGCAUUUCUCACUGCCAGUAAUAGAUAACCCGCGUAAAGAAGUGCUUAUCUUAGAAGUGUGGGACUUUGACGCGGCAGAAACCGUUAAGGAAAAGGUUAAUAAACUCUUGGAUGUCAAAGGUGUAAAAGGUUUGCGUAAAUUGAUGAAAGAAAUAGCAAUGACAGCUUCCACCGGUAAGCAUGACAACGAAUUGAUAGGAAGAACGGCAAUAACACUUAAGUCUAUUCCAGUUUCUGGUUGCACUAUUUGGUACAAUUUGGAAAAGGGUAACAAAACGAAAAGUCGUGGCAGUAUUCUGAUUAAUUUGGCUUUGAGUGCAGAAAAGAAUAAACAUGUUGCCGUUCAAGAACAUAGACAUUUACUUAAGUUGCUCUUGUUGCACGAGCUGGAAUCGUCGCAGGUAGCCAAUUUUUGGUGGAAUGGCAAGUUUAGUGCAAAUGGCGAGACGAUUCGCUCCCAACAUGCCGUUCAAUCGGGCCUUUCGAGUUUUGAUUGCGCUCUCAGCCAGUGGUCUGUCUACGCGAGUAUACAUGAAGAACAUCCCUUAAGCUUUUCGUUGUUCAACUCUAUACUCGAUGUGAUUACGCCGGUACUAAAAUGCCACCUGAACGAAUCGGACGACAUGAAGACAUUUUGGGAUGGUGCUAAACGAAUUUUACCCUCAUGUUUCUCGGUUUUAAGAAAAUUGCGCGCUAAGAAUGUAAGCGACAAGCAAAUCGUAAAAACUCUUUGCGACGUAUUAGAUAUUUUCGCCAAAGUUAAUACUUUGCCGCCUCCGGAGAGUAUUGAUUUAUUUCCUCCUAAUAUAUAUGGUUGGAUUAACAGAGCAGAGGACUCAGAAUACAACAUAGAUAGAGCUAUAGAAGAUGCGAUUCAUGCCGGUACAAAAGAAUGGUUGGAGCAUAUUAUUGAAGGUAAUCGCCAACCAAAUGGCGAGCAAUCAGACGACGAAAAUCUUCAAUACUUGAUUAAACUAAUACAAAUGACACGUUCGGAUUUGCAAAGAGCAAUGGAGUAUUUCGAUAAACAUUUUUACCACAAAAUGCGUUUAAAUUUCUCAGCCGUUCUUUUAAAAUACUAUGAUAAGAAACUGGUCGAAAUAGUGAAAUCGAUUGUAAGUGAAGUUUGCGGCAAUAUAAAGCGUUUACAUAUACCGGACGAACAAAACGAAGCUUUGCCGGAUCUAAGCGAAAUAAAUAUGGGCACGACUCUGUUUGAAUUAUAUCUAGUUUUGAAGCGCUUCCUGACAUUAGGAAAGUCCCUAUGUCCGAACGAAGAAUUGGCUAUGGAGAAUUUUCACACAUGGUUUAUGACCGGGGUGACGCAUUGGCUGGAUAUAUCAGUCGUUAAGGCGUUGAAUCGUAUCGAAAAAGCCAUCGAACUGGAUAAACUGGUAGCCGUAGAUGAAACUGUUAAAUAUAGCUCAUCCGCUGUCGAUACGUUGGCAAUAUUUUAUCAAAUAAAAAUUUUUUGGCAACAGUUAGAUUGGCCCGAUGCUGAGGGUUCAUACACAUUUGUAGCGAAAAUUGUGGAUGAUAUUUGUCGCUGUUGCGUAUUCUAUGCCCAAAGAAUGUCACGUCGUGUAGAAGAUCUAACAAAAGACGAAAGCGAGCUAUUUCACGUCACGACUGAAUGGUGCUUGGCUAUCAACAACAUUGAUUAUAUACGCCAAAGUUUGCCAGCUUUCAUAAAGGAAUUAGGCACUGACGACGUUAUUAAACGUUUGGGGGAAUUUCGUAGCAACUUGGAAGCCGAGCGUUGCGAGAUUACCAUCAGAAAUGUCAUUGAGAAUGCUUUAGAUACGGAAAGAAAUCAGAUACUGGAGUUAUUGGAGAUUGUGGCCAGGAAAAUGGCGCCACCCAUCAGACGAUUUUUGGCUGAAGGCGCUGAGGUACUACAUGAAGAUUCCAAUUCCAUGGAAAGGCUCAUGAUGUACUUGGAAAAUUCGUUAAGAACGUUAUACAAUACUUUGAACGAAGUCAAUUUUGCUCGCAUUUUGGAUGCGAUAUGGGCGGAGCUCUCAGUCAUUAUGUAUGAUUUAAUACAAUCCAAUUUGGAUAAGCGUCGACCUCCCGCAUUUUUCCAAAAUUUACGUCAAACACUUCAUGUGAUGAUAUCGUGCUUCAAAACCGGUAAUAUGGUUACGUCCGAUAUAGAAGUAUUAACUGAAAUUGAACGCAUUUUGGAUUUACACGCUUUUGAAACGGCCGAUUUAAUUCAUCAGUAUUACUUAGAGAGACUUGGCCAUCAAAAAGAGAUUAACAAAUCAGAAUAUGGGCAACUGACAAUACGAGCCAACUUUAAUGAGACUGAUUUGAAGCUGGAAAUUAUGAAUGCGCGCAAUUUGGUACCCAUGGACACAAAUGGAUCUUGCGAUUCGUUUGUUAAGGCACACUUUCUACCAAGUAACCGUUUCCUAGGGGUAUCUGCUGUAAAGACUGCCGUUCAAAGUAAAACACGUUUUCCCCUUUACGAUGAACAAUUCACAAUAAAAUUAACUCAGGAUCAACAAGAGAAACAAAAUAGUCUGAUAUUGUUUAGUAUAAAAGAUAAAGACUACUUUGGGAUGACGAAUCAAUAUAUUGCCGAGUGCUAUAUAACAUUUGCUGAUCUUUUAGCGAAUGAAAAUGACCAAAUUCAUAUGGAAUUAUCUCGGCCGGAGUACACAGCCUCAGAAACGAUUCGCGCCUUAGAAUAUCGCCAGGGAGAUAAACAAGCCAAGGACUUUUUGAAAAAAUUAAAAAAUAAAUCGUAUUCAUGA